CGACCAAACGGUCGCUAAGAGAAAUAAUCUGACUAAGUUAAACUCACCAAUGCAAGUACUUUAUUUGCUAGAUAAAAUGAUAUGCAUAAAUUAUGUAUUUGGACUGGAUAUCAGAAAUCUCAUCAAUAUUCAAAUAGUAAAAAAAUAUGCAUCUGCAAGAUGAUCUUGCCUGUGCCCGCUGGGGUUGGGAAUAUGAUUUCCUGUACCUGUUGCCAUUGUUGGAACAGUUAAACUACCAAUUUAGACUAAUCACCAGGAAAGAUAAGAAAAGAGAUAAAUCCAGAACAGCACAGUGUCCUACCAACAUCUUCAUCAAUAACGUCAAUCUUACCUGUAAAAGAAGAUGACUCUCGUAUAAUGGUUUCAUUAGGUCAAACUAGCAUUAGGUUACUUGUGAACAGAUUCAAGAAAACCUUCCUGUAUAAUAAAGCAAUUGAAAAUGUCAUUCAGCUGUAUGAAUUUUGGGAGAUAGUUGGCGGCUUCUUGGCCUGGGUCGCACCUAAAAGUAGUUCUGAUUCGGAUGCUGAAGAGGAAGGUUGUUCUAUUGAAUUUUUUGAAAGUAGUUUAAAUGAAGAAAAUGGAAUUACUGAAAAUCAAAGAACUUCUAUAGAUCUUUUUGAAAGUGGUAGCCUUGAUGCACUGGAAACGCCUGAUACAAAAAGUGGAGAUGACACCUUAGGAAACAUAGCUGCAAGGGAAGAAGAAACUUCUGGAACCUCCUAUAAUUCUGAUCAAAACCCUGAUUAUCCUGUUUCCAGUGAUGGAGAGAUGGGGGAUAAGCAAGAUACUGUCAGUAGGGAUGAGUUAAUUACCUCGCUCAGCAGCAAAAUGGUAGCCUUCAAGGUUUUAGAUGUAUUCUCAUUACAUCCACCACCUCCUUCAUACAGAGUAAGAGAAGUUGAUCCAAAUUUUGUUAAAGCUCUGAUGGCAAAAAUGAUAGAAAAGAAUUCUGUUGCCGUUGAAAACGCCCCUAAUAUUGUAGGCUUUGUAGAUGUUGAUUUACAAAAUUUUAGAAUUGAAAAACUAUCAACAUAUAGAAUCCAUGUCAUUGAUGGCAACCAUAGCUUAAAGGCUCAAAAGGCAGCUUAUAGAAAGACAAAAGAUCCAACAUUUAGAUUUAGAGGCGUAAAUAUAUAUUGUGACCUGAAUGAAGAUGAGGCAUUGUUUCUUGGUGUAAGCCGAAAUGAGGACACCAGCUCAUUUGUAAAAUUUAGUGAUUAUCAGAAGGUUGAUCUGAUCAGAAGAAAACUGUAUUCCAUGACAAGGACUAGUCAAAAAGAGGAGCCUCCUAAAACACCAAAAGGUUUUAAAAACAUGUUUGCCUGUAUGCUGAACUUGAAAGAGAAAAAUGCAGUUGAUGGAAAAAAUAUCAUCAAGUUUCUUGCAUGUCUUCCAAACAAUUCCUAUAUCUUAUAUAAAGACAUCUGUUCAAGAAAGCCAACGCUUCCAGCAUCAAAAUUUACAUGUUUAAGAGGAUUGACAGACAGUGAUGCAUAUGUCUGUUUACAUAAUUUGUCAUUAACAGAAUUAGAGAAAAAAGACUGGCAAUAUUUUGCAAGUAGUUGUUUACAAAGACAGAAGAAAGUAAGAAAGCAUAGAAAAGACGUAACAGCCAGAAUAGAAUUUUCUGACACAUCAACCAAAAUUUAUGUUAACCAGAAACCAAUGCCAGGAAGCUGUCUUUGUUUUAAAUUUACAUGGGACCAAAAAGAAGUAACAUUGACAAGUGAACAGUUACAAGAUAAAUUGUUUGGUCUAUCAAAUAAAAAAAAAAUAGAAUCUGCAACAUAUGAGAGAAUUCCAGUCAGAUUUCAAACAUGUAGUCAAAAGAAUAUAGAUUUCAUUAAGAAGACUAAUGAAAUAGAAGAAAGACCACUCAAAGGUAUAUCAAAUAUAUUUAGUCUUGAUGAUAUUUACUCAAAUAGUGAACAAGUGGAGCUUUCUGAUGAAGAUGAAGAUGAUGAAACUGUGAUACCAGAUAGUCCAAAUGAAACAGGAGCUUCCUCAAAUGGAUACUCAAUAACAAGAUUUACCUCAAGGUCUAGUCAGAAGAAGCAAGUUAAAGCUAGUCCACUGAUGAGUAGUACCCUGGUAGAUACUUUAGCUAGUGAUCAAGAAUCAGAAAACCUAAAUGAAUACAAUGAUGGAGCAUCAUCUUCAAACAUAGAUAUUUUAAACAAGGACUCAACAAUUGAUGGUUUGACAAGCUACACAGAUUUAAACCUGGAAGAAAAGAGGACAUCUAAAACUUCAGAUGAGUUUAUAAAAAUUAUAGUGGAUGAAGCUGCUAACAUGAAAGCUAAGUUAUAUGGGAAACAAAUUGAAGAAGACGAAGUAGAGACACGUCCAGACAUGUUGUAUAAUCAUAUGGAAGUACUUUUAGAUCCUGUCAUUCAGGAAAUGUCCAAAAAGUACUUUACUGAUGAUGCAUGGAUGGUUGUCACAAAUGUCCUUAAUAUUUUACAAGCAUAUAAAUGCAAACAAAUUGAGAGGAAUAAGGAAAUGGACAAAGUCUUAGGAAGCAAUAAGGGGAAAGCUUUAUGUGGAACAAAAGGAACAAACUGUUUUAAAAACAGAAAAGAUGUGGGAAGAGAUGCAAAAUCAUCAAGUAAGUCAGAAGAUAUAUCUAAGAAGAAUGUUGAAUUUACAAAGACUGGCAACACAAGUAAAAGGAAAAAAUCCUUAAAAAGAAAGCGUGAUGUAUAUUCAUUUUCAAGUAAUGAUUCACCUGUAAAAGCCUUUGAAAUUCCAGUAGUUUCCAUCCCUGCAAUUGAAAAUGAAGUGAAGAUAAAAGAGAAACCACAAGGUUCAUCUGUGAAAAAGGAACUCAGAAUAAGAUUAACUGAUAUUAAUACAGUAACUGAUAUUGGAAAAUAUACAGCUUCAAAAACAGCUAAACAGUCCAAGGGCAAAUGGAAAAAAGAUUGAAACAGAUAGAAAUUGUAUUAGAGUAAAAGCGCAAUAUUUUCCAGAUGACUUUAAACAGGACCAUGUGCAGAAAUAUAAAGCCUUAUUGUAAGAAUAUGGUAAUAGACAGUUUUGUUAAAUUUUUAAUCGAUUAAUCAGAAAAAUAUUUCUUUCCUCAUGCCGUUAGUGUCAUAAGCCUGAAUGUAGAAAGUAACACAAGAACUCAUUUUGAUUGAGAUUCAAGAAAUAGUUUUUAUUUUAUUACUUACAAAUAAUUUAAUGUCAUAAAGAAGUUUUCUUGAAUAAUGAAACCAGUCAAGUAAGGAUUUUGGAUGUUACUUUCCUCAUGCUGUUAGACUCGUUAGCCAGAAUACAGAAAGUAACACAAGAACUUAUUUUUAUAAAGAUUCAAGAAAUAGUUUUGAUUUUCUUACUUACAAAUGAUUUGAUUUAGAAAGAUAAGUUUUAUAAGACAAAUGAAAGAGGUUAAGUAAAGAUUUGGGAUGUUUCUUUCUUCAAGCUGUUACUGUCACUAGCCAGAAUGUGGAAAGUAACACCAGAACUCAUUUUGAUAGAGAUUCUAGAAAUUGAUAAGAUUUUCUUACUUACAAAUGAUUUAAUGUCAGAAAGAUAAGUUUUCUUAGAUAAUGAAAGAGGUCAAAGUAAAGAUUUUGGAUGUUACUUUCCUCAUGCUGUUAGCGUUAUUAGCCAGAAUGUAGAAAGUAACACCAGAAUUCAUUUUGAUAGAGAUUCUAGAAAUAGUUAUGAUUUUCUUUCUUACAAAUGAUUUAAUGUCAGAAAGAUAAGUUUUCUUAGAUAAUGAAAGAGGUCAAGUAAAGAUUUUGGAUGUUACUUUCCUCAUGCUGUUAGCGUUAUUAGCCAGAAUGUAGAAAGUAACACCAGAACUCAAUUUGAUUGAGAUUCAAUAAAAUAGUUUUGAUUUCUUACUUACAAAUUAUUUAAUGUCAGAAAGAUAAGUUUUCUUAGAUAAUAAAAGAGGUCAAGUAAAGAUUUAAAAUGUUAUUUUCCUCAUGCUGUUAGCGUCUUUAGCCAGAAUGUGGAAAGCAACACCAGAACUCAAUUUGAUUGAGAUUCAAGAAAUAGUUUUGUUUUUCUUACUCACAAAUGUUAUAAUGUCAGAAGAUAAGUUUUCUUAGAUAAUAAAAGAGGUCAAGUAAAGAUUUUAAACGUUACUUUCCUCAGGCUGUUAGCGUCUUUAGCAAGAAUGUGGAAAGCAACACCAGAACUCAAUUGAUUGAGAUUCAAGAAAUAGUUAUGAUUUUCUUACUUACAAAUGAUUUAAUGUCAGAAAUAUAAGUUUUCUUAGAUAAUGAAAGAGGUCAAGUGAAGAUUUUGGAUGUUACUUUCCUCAUGCUGUUAGCGUUACUAGCCAGAAUGUAGAAAGUAGCACUGAAUAUAAGUUUCAUAUAAAACGUUAUGAUUUUUUAACAUCAUAACACAUGAUUGAUUGUUAGAAAGCUUAAUAUUCUAAGCAAUGCUAGAAAUUGAGUGAUUUUUUCAAGCAAAAUUUGAGUUAUUAAUUUUUUUAUGCUAUAAGGACAUAAGCCAAAAUUUGGAAAAUAAUAGUAGAACGUAGAAGUAAUAGUAUAAAACCUAAUAUAGAUUUAUCAAAUUGUAAUCAUAAUUUUAAUCUAGUUGUUUUCAUUAAAUAUUUACAACAGUUUGAUUCAGAUAUCAAAAGAUGCAGAAACAGCAAAAUGUUUUUUUUUACCCCAUUUAUUACAUUGUUUCAGCUUGAUAAAGAUUAUGUAAAAAUUGUCUUGCCAUGAAAAAAUUGUAAACAAAUUUUAAAGAUAUAUAUAUGUUGUGGUUAUUACUUUUGUACAAGGAUAUAAUAAGUAAUAUUUAUUUAUUUGAUAAUUUUGAUGACAAUACAAAAGAUAUUUUUAACUUCAGAUGAUUUCAAGCAUUUCAUAUUUUAAGUCAAAGGAUAUUAUAAGUACUUUUUAUUCAUUUGAUUGUCUUGAUGUCAGUACAAAAGACAUUUUAAGUUUAGAUGAUUUCAAGCAUUUUAUUUUUGAAGUCAAGACUCUACAUGAUGGUUACCUGGUCAAUACUUUACCAACAUGUACUUGUGAAAAGUGUACUUCUUUCCGAUCUAAUAGAUCAACUCAGUUUUAUGAAGGCACUUAUCCUACACCUUGUUAUGGACCUAUUUCAAAUAGUCCUUUUAAGAAUAUGUGAGGUCCUAAGGCCCACCAAUUUGGUGGUGGUAGACCAGGUUAAUUAUCCCAAAAAAAGUUUAAGAUGAUACUUUCCUAAUGCUGUUAGCAUCAUAGGCCAGAAUGUGGAAAAUAACACUUAUUUUGAUUGAGAUUCAAGAAAUACUUUUUUAGUUAUUUUACAUCAAAACAUGAUUGAUUGUUAGAAAGCUAAGUCUUCUAAGCAAUGUUAGAAAUAAAGUGAUUUUUAACAAGCAAAAUUUGAGAUGUUACCUUCUUCAUGCUGUAAUAAAUGCAAAGAGCUAGAAUUUGGAAAAUAAAAGAGAAACUUUUUCUAUUACAUGGUAGUUGUAAAUAGUAUAGAACCUAAUAUAGAUAUAUCAAAUUGAAAUCGUUAUUUGAUAAUUUUGAUGUCAAUACAAAAGAUUUUUAACUUCUGGAUGAUUUUAAGCAUUUUAUAUUUGUCAAACGAUAAGUUAUAUUUAUCUGUUUGAUAAUAUUGAUGUCAGUACAAAAGACAUUUCAACUUUAGACCAUUUCAAGCAUUUUAUUUUGAAGUCAAGACUCUACAUGAUGGUUACCUGGUCAAUACUUUACCAACAUGUACUUGUGAAAGGUGUACUGCUUUCUGAUCUAAUAGAUCAACUCAGUUUUAUGAAGACACUUAUCCUACACCUUGCUAUGGACCUAAUUCAAAUAGUCCUUUUAAAAAUACACGAGGUGCUUAGGACCACCAAUUUGGUGUUAGUAUAAAAGAAUUAAGAUGUUAUUUUCCCCAUGCUGUUAGCGUCAUAUGCCAGAAUGUGGAAAGUAAUUCUAACAUUCAUUUUGAUUGAGAUUCAAGAAGUACUUUUUUUAGUUUUUAUACGACCGCAAAAUUUUUUUUGGGUUCGUAUAAUGGUAUGAUGUCAUCGUCUGCGACGUCUGCGUCAUCCGAAGACACAUUUGGUUUCCGGAUAAUAACUUUAGUUUUAGUGAAUGGAUCUCUAUGAAAUUUAACAAGAAGGUUCAAUACCACAAAAGGAAGUUUGGGAUUGAUUUUGGGGGUUUUGGUACCAACAGUUUAGGAAUUAGGGGCCAAAAACAAGCAUUUUUGUAGUUUCCAGACAAUAACUUGUGUGUAAGUGUAUGGAUCUCACUGACAUUGUACCACAAGGUUCCAUAUCACAAAGGGAAGGC